CCGAUUUCGGUCUUCUAUCCUCCCAAAGUUGCCAGGCCACGACAACAAUUGCCCAAGAUAUUUAGAUACAUAACCUCAGAAAGAUAAUGUCACACAACAGGAACCCCGUGAUUGGGCUGCUGGGCGGUGGCCAGCUCGGACGCAUGCUGUGCGAGGCAGCCAAUCCGCUGGCCAUCGACGUUGCCAUUCUCGACGAGGAAAACGCUCCGGCCAAGCAGGCGCACAACACAAACCGCCAUGUCGCCGGCUCGUUCAAGGACCCCGAGCGCAUCCGGGAGCUCGCUGCGCAGUCUGACGUCUUGUCCGUCGAGAUCGAGCAUGUUGAGACCGGGGUUCUCGAAGACAUCGAGAAGAACGGCGUCGAGGUUAAGCAGGCCGACGGAUCCACAAAGACUCAGAGGCCGCCUGUCCAUCCCUCGUGGAGGACCAUCCGGCUCAUACAGGACAAGUACCUUCAGAAGGAGCACUUCCGCACCUGCGGCAAAAAGAUACCCAUUGCCGACCAGGUGGCCGUCGAGUCGGGACCAGCCGCCCUCGCCUCGCUCAAAGAUGUAGCCGCCAAGUUCGGCUUCCCCUUCAUGCUCAAGGCGCGGAAGGGCAGCUACGAUGGGAGGGGUAACUUCAAAGUCAGCAGUGCGGACGACUUCGAGGCUGCAGUCAAGGCCCUCGGUGGCCUAAGCCUGUAUGCUGAGAAGUGGGCCCCCUUUGUCAAGGAGCUGGCCGUCAUGGUCAUCAGGACAGAAGACGACGGCGGCAAGCUCAAGAACUGUGUCGCCUAUCCCACCGUUGAAACCAUUCACGAGGACAGCAUAUGCACCAAGGUCUUCAUGCCGCCAAGAAAUGUACCUGAGACCAUCUGCGAGGCGGCGAGAGAGCUGGCAACAGAGGUAAUCAGCACUCUAUGGGGCCGGGGUGUCUUUGCCGUCGAAAUGUUCCUUCUCGAAGAUGGCUCCCUGAUGGUCAACGAGGUUGCCCCCCGUCCUCACAACUCGGGCCAUUACACCAUCGAGGCCGUGCCCCAAAUGUCGCAGUUCAAGGCGCAAAUACACGCCGUCCUCGACCUCCCCGUGCCUAAGCAGCUAACCCCCAGAGUUUCCUCUUCCAUCAUGCUCAACAUCCUCGGCGGCGCCACGCCCUCGGCCCAUCUCAAGCUUGCCGAGCUCGCACGCGAGACGUUCGAUGACGAUAUGGACGUCUACCUGCAUCUCUACAACAAGGCCUCCAAGCCCGGCCGCAAGAUCGGCCACAUCACGCUGACAGGCGCCACCUCCUCCAUCCACGAGCUGGAAGCCAAAGCCAAGCCCUUCAUCGACCUCGUCAACCAGAUCCGCCUGGACCGCCUCUCGGCCACCUCCGAAACCCUCCGCCCCAAGCAGGAAGCACUCGGCACCACCACGCCUCAAGUCUCCUCAGCCUCCCCACAAGAAGGAGACGGACCCAAAAACCCCCUCGUCCUGGUAACGAUGGGCUCCGACUCGGACUUGCCCGUGCUCAAACCGGGGCUGGACAUCCUUCGUGAAUUUGGUGUGCCCUACGCUCUUGACAUCACCUCGGCUCACCGGACGCCCAAGUACAUGAUGCGCGUGGCCGACGAGGCGGCGGGGCGCGGCAUCAAGGUCAUCAUUGCCGCGGCCGGCGGCGCUGCCCACUUGCCGGGCAUGAUUUCGUCCGAGACGCCGCUGCCCGUCAUUGGUGUACCCGUCAAGGCGACGCAUUUGGAUGGGUUGGAUAGUCUUUUGAGUAUCGUGCAGAUGCCGAGGGGCGUCCCAACUGCCACGGUGGGGAUCAACAACUCGACCAAUGCCGCGCUGCUGGCGGUAAGGAUUCUUGGGUCAUUCGUGCCCGAGUUUCAGGACAAGAUGAGGCGGUAUCAGCACGAUAUGGAGGAGCAAGUUAUUAUCAAGGGGACGAAGCUGAGGGAGAUUGGAGACGUGGAGUACCUCGCUGCUAAAGGUAAAUGAACAGCCGUGGGCAGGGUUCUAGGCGUGACAUGAAUGGUGGGAUGGAUGAUUCAGGAAGAAUGAUGCAUUGGAACUGAACGGCGGAAGGUGCGGUUAUCUCAGUUUAAAAAGCCGGGUCUUUAGUGGGAGAGUUGUCGGGUCCAACGGGCGUAUCAUGGAGCGCGAAAACAGGAGACUUACAAACCCUCAGGCAAUGCUGCCUGAGCCAAAAUGACGAGCACGUGCAUGGCAGUUCGGGAAAUCGGUUAUGAAGC